UGCCAGGUACCUGCGUCACCUUUGUUGUAUACGAGAACCUGGCGUGGUUGUUCAGAUCAACUGCCGCAAAGAGGGCAGUGAGGCAGGGUAUCCUAGAUUAGAAUAUAUCUUUGUACUUUUUAAUACCUACCAUUGAAUACUUACCACGAUAUCUGCUCUAUUCCUGGGGAAUUUUUGAUCAAGGACCUCGUAGGUCUUGUGGCGGUGACCUCUGUUUUUCAUAGGGCUUUGAUAACAAUACAACCGUACUGCUUUUGCCCACCACGAUCUCAACAGUGCGGUAAUUCUUUUCGGAGCGAUCCGCCUUGUACAGAGGGAGAAAGACGACGCGAAAGUCAACCCAUGGCUUCAUUUGUGGCUUUUCGCAAUGCUGUCGUGAGGUUAUCUGGCCGCCAGGUCCGUCACUUGCACUCUACGCCGGUUCCUUUUGCAGGAAACAAAUACCGACUCGAAAACAAACGAAUUCCAUUCGAAACCGUCCACCUCGUCGACCCCGAGACAGGUCAACUGCGGGAAAUCAUCCUCAAGGACUACCUCGAAACCAUCGAUGACAAAAAAUACAAAGUCGAACUGGUGUCAACAAGCCCCAAACCGAUUGCCAAGCUCGUAGAACGGUGGAAAGAGCACGAGAAGAUGAAGGCGGCCAAGACGAGGCGAUUAGAAAGUCAUCGCAAGGCGGAGCACAAAGAGUUCCAGUUCACAUGGAACAUGGCUCCCUCGGAUUUGACGCACAAGUUCAAUAACGUUAGGAAGGAACUAGAGAAGGGGAGGAAAGCUGAUUUGGUGUUUGUCACGAAGAAAGGGCACAAGGCUCCCAAGGACAUACCCCAGAGGCUGCAAGCGGUGGUGGAUGAGCUGGCUGAUGCUGCAAAGGAGUACAAGGCCAGGGAAAUUGUUGGUUCAAUGGGUGCCGUUUUCCUUCGAGGUACAGGAGAAAAGCCUGCAGAAGUGCCUCCAAAAGAUUCGCCUUCAUGACCCCCAGACAAUAAUACAACAUAAAUAUU